AUGUCGAAACAGUCUAGGAUGAGUGAUGUCAGUGAUCUUAAUUCUGACGACGAUCAUUCAUACAACGAGCAUGUCCAACCAGUCGAAUACCGUGGGAAAAGUCCCCGAAGACCAUCACUAGCACGAAGAGUCUCAACCGCAGUAGACAGCUUCUUUACGGAUGACGACGACGACAAUGAUGGUGAUAGCCAACUACACAUGGACGACGAUGAGUUCCUUGCUGAUCAUUUCUUUGGCACACGGCAAUUGACGAAUUCCUUACGAAGAACCAGAACCGAACUGACAUUCUCGGAGAUGGAAUUGGAAGAGUUUCCCCAAAUGUACCAUGGUGUAACUGAACAAACUGUCGCCCCAGAGGAGAUCCCCAACUUAACGCUACCUCCUUUAGAAAGAAGGAGAAGCACAGUAGUGACUGCCAUUCAAGCGGUUACAAAGAAGUUCAAUUUCUGGGAUAAAGAGUAUCAUGCCGAUCGUAUUCAGAUUGCCUUGAAGUUCUUGGAUAACUAUUUAUAUUUGGUGGUAGGCUUCACCAUAGCCUUGUGUAUUUACUGGGGGUCAUACUACGAUCGUACGGCCCAUUACAAACGGUUAAAGUUUGCCGUUAUUAUAGCAGACCACGCCGUGGCGUCGUUGCCGAAUAUCUUGGGUGAGACCGUUGAAGCUUACUUUACCCAAGUUCCUGCUAUUCAACAGCUUGGCCAUUUCGAUAUUUGGGAUUUCAAUAGAAUAAGCACAUUGGCAGAUAGUCACAACAAUACCAUAACUGAGGAAGUGUAUCGACAAAUACACCAUCAGAAAUACUGGGGAGCAUUCUAUGUCCAUGAAAAUGCCACCCUCCAAUGGGCACAAGCCUUGGCGGAAGCAUCUACAAGCUUCGACCCAUCUACUUCGUUAAUGGAAGUGGUUUACGAAACCGGCCGUGACUUUAAUGCCGUGCAAAACUCAAUCAUCACCGUGAUACAAACCAUGAUCCGCGGAUUCUACACGUUCCUCCCCAACACCAACCUCGUCAGCAACAUGCUCGAAACUGUUAACUCCACUCAGGCAGCUACCGUCUUGAGCCAAUCGCCACAAUUGAUCGCCACUAUGCCGACAUUCUUUAUCACUGACCUCAUACCAGUGAACAAUCUCGUAUUCCAAGCGCCCCUCCAGAUUGGGCUCAUCUACAUUGUCAUCUUCACAUUCUUCCAGUUUAUCUUCUCCAUCAAGAUCCACAUGUACAUUGCCCUGAAGAUCAAGGGAUUCCAGUAUGUAGUAUACCGAAUGAUAUCGGCACAAGUGGCAUACCUCAUUCUUUCCUUGGCCUAUGUCGUGCUUAACACUGCGUUUGGUCUCAAAUAUUCCACUGCAUUUGGUCAUGCCGGGUUCCUUGUCAUUUGGAUGUUUGCAUUCUUGACCAUGGCGUCGUUAGGUUCCAUUAUCGAACUUAUUGUGUUGUUUCUUGUCGCCGUCAAGCCGGUGCUUAUGGGGUUCCUCCUUUUGUUUGUGGCCGUAACCAACAUCAGUCCCGUGGUUUCACCUAUUGUGCUAUGUCCCACGUUUUAUCGAUAUGGGUACGCUAUGCCCGUACGUAAUUCGUACGAGUUAAUGCAUGUGGCGUAUUUCGACAGUUGGAAGGGACACAUGGGGCGAAACAUUGGGAUCUUGCUCGUGUGGAUCGUGCUCAGUAAUGCUGCCAUGCCGUUUGUCAUGAAGUGGUUGGCUAAGAAGAAGGCCAAGAUGGAUGCCCAGGCUGCUUCCAAGGCCGACGCCAAGUAG